AUGCAAGGCAUAGAUAAUGGGAGAUGUCUUUACCAACCUUAUACAGGAUGCAUAUUAAACCAUGGAAGAAGCAUUCAUGGGUCACACAAACUUAAAAUAUCCAAGGAAGCCAAGGAGGAAGGUUCAGAUGUUUUUAACUUGUCAUCUUUUCCGCUAGACCGUAUAAGAAACUUCUCCAUAAUUGCCCAUGUUGAUCAUGGCAAAAGUACUCUUGCAGAUCGUAUAUUGGAAUUAACUGGUGCAAUUAAAAAGGACACCAAAAACAAGCAGGUCCUGGAUAAGCUGCAGGUGGAGCAGGAACGAGGCAUCACUGUGAAAGCUCAAACUGCUUCUAUUGUUUAUAACUAUCAUGGUCAGAAAUACCUUCUGAAUCUUGUUGAUACUCCUGGCCACGUUGAUUUUACUUAUGAAGUGUCAAGAUCACUGGCUGCAUGUCAAGGAGCCAUUCUCUUAGUGGAUGCUAAUGAGGGUGUCCAGGCUCAAACUGUUGCAAAUUUUUAUUUAGCUUUUGUGAAUGAAAUUGUCAUCAUUCCAGUAUUAAAUAAGAUUGAUCUAAAAAAUGCCAACCCUGCAGGUGUAAAGGAACAGUUGAAGAAUCUUUUUGACUUUAGCCCAGAUGAAGUUCUCUCGGUGUCUGCUAAGUUGGGAACCGGUGUAACUGAAGUUAUAGAAGCUAUUAUUAGACUUGUUCCUUCUCCUGAGAAGAAAUGUAACAAGGACAGCCCUGUCCGUCUCCUCCUAUUUGACUCUUGGUUUGAUCAGUACAAGGGUGCUGUUUGCUUGAUAUUGGUGGUUGAUGGCACUUUAAAGAAAGGUGAUCACAUUACAUCUUCACACUCAGGAAAAUCUUAUGAAGUGAGAGAUUUGGGAAUCCUUACACCUCUUGAAACUUCAGUACCACAGUUGUAUACGGGACAGGUUGGGUAUUUCACAGCUAACAUACGAGCAGCUAAAGAAGCACAAGUGGGGGACACGUUCCAUCUUAAGAGUGCAAAAUGCGAACCUCUUCAGGGCUUCAAACCAGCAAAACCUAUGGUGUUUGGUGGUGUUUAUCCUAUUGAUCAGAAGGAGCACCCAGCACUCAAAGCUGCUAUAGAACAUCUCUGCCUCAAUGAUGCAAGUGUGUCUGUUUCCAUUGAAUCUAGUGCAUCAUUAGGUCAAGGAUGGAGACUUGGAUUUCUGGGUCUUUUACACAUGGAUGUGUUUACCCAGCGGCUGGAGCAAGAACAUGGUGCUCAAGUGAUCAUAACAACUCCUACUGUUCCUUACAAGGUAAAAUUGCGGGGUGGUCGUGUCAUUCGUGAGUUUGGUAGAGAAGAAGUAAUCAUCACUAACCCAUCUCUUUGGCCAGAAAAGAAUAACAUCAGUGAGACAAAUGAACCAUUUGUUAUGGGUACUAUUAUCACACCUGACACUUACUUGGGUGCCAUCAUCGGGCUGUGUCACAGCAGACGAGGAGUUCAAUAUAGUAUGAGAAACUUGGAUAAUACCAGAUUAAUCAUACAGUAUAAACUACCAUUGAAUGAAAUUGUGGUUGACUUUUAUGAUGCUUUAAAGUCAUUGUCAUCAGGUUAUGCAACAUUUGACUAUGAAGACUUGGGGUUUGAGCCGUCUGACAUUGUAAAGCUGAAUAUUCUCCUGAAUGGUCAAGUUGUUCCUGAGCUCUCAACGCUUGCCCACAUUACUCAAGCCAGAACACUGGGAAAGAAUAUUUGUGAGAAAUUAAAGGAAACUUUACCCAAGCAGUUGUUCCAGAUUGCAAUACAAGCUGCCGUUGGAGGAGAUAUAUUGGCACGGACCAACAUAAAACCUGUGAGGAAAGAUGUCCUUGCAAAGUGUUAUGGAGGUGAUAUUUCAAGAAAAAUGAAGCUGUUGAAACGUCAGGCUGAGGGAAAGAAGAGGAUGAAGAUGUAUGGAAAUAUCGAAGUACCUAGAGAGACAUUCAUUAAUAUUUUGAAAAGAUAAUCUUUUAUUUUUGAAUAAUGGUCAAAAUGACUUUAAGGUACUGUAUAUAAUUUAAUUUUCCAAAGUCAGAAAGAUUUUGUGUGUAUAAAAUAACUUAAAAUAAGUGCAACCAUAGUUGAACGUUAAUUUUGUACAGUAAUUGCAAUAAAAUUAAGAAAAUACAGUUCUCGUAUUACACAGUGGAUUGAAAUUUGGAAAGUAUCUGUACAUACUGUACUGCAGCUGCGGCACACAAAACAGCUGACACGUACCACCAUGGAUGCUGCAGUUCAACACACCUCAACAAGCCAGAAGAACCAUCAUGUGUACUGCCAUAUCUUCACAAUUUGCGGCAGAAGCUGGAGCUCUCUUUACACUAAAAAGACUCAUUGCUCAUCUUGCCUGAAAAAAGCACACCACAACAAAUGCCUCCUGCUUUAUAAAAUAUCUUGUCCAUGACCUGAACUGUGUUAACCUGAUGCCCAGAGCAAACAUCUGUGAAUAGGUCCUUUUCUGGGCAGUCCCCUCUUUAUACACCUACCAUCCAGUUUACAACCUGCUCGACAUACGACCACUCAGCUUACGACUAUGUUUUGUAUGCAAGUGUUCUGGGAAAUAAACAACUGUUUGUAUUA